AUGGGCAGUUGCAUUAGCACCAACGCUAGGCCAUCUCACAGAACACCAGGAAAGCGUGACGGCCAAUGCCCGACAGCCACGUGUCCGAUCCCAGAGGUGGCCGCGGCCCAAAGACCCGCCGCAGGUGAGAAGUGCCGACCGAACGGCGCCGUAUACCAGAGACCCUUCGUGACGUCAUGCGAUCGAAGCAGGCUCUCGGGAGCUCCGAACCCGACGGCGGACAGGAGAUCUCAGGCGGGUCACGGGAACCGGGCUUUUUCCGGGGAGUUGAGGGGAGGAAAGUGUGGCAAGGCAGACAGAAGAUCGCCGGGGCGGGUAACAGGGUCGAAUUCGUGGCGGAUUGAACCCGGAGCCGGCCACAUGUGGAGGAUGAGUGGGUUGGACGGGUUGAGUGGUCGGGUCGAGUCGGGCGGAAUGACUCGGAAACCGGAGGGCGGGAAAGGAGGAAUGACGUGGCAACCGACGAGCUCUGAGUUGCUUGAAAAUGCUUCACACGUGGCAUUUGAAUGUUAUAUUUUCCUCUAA